CAAAGUUGGUUAAAAUUUGACAGUUCUCUGGAGAUUUUUUUAACAUUUUAAAUACAGAACUUUACUCUUUUCUGUUCUUUCCUAACAGUUUCAAAACCACAUCAAUAGCAACAAAACAGCCAACAAACUUUCAAAAUGAGCAAGGAGCAAACAGCAGAGAAUAAAGACCGAGUCGAAGAAAUGGAAAUCGUGGAAGACGAAGAAACAAAACAGCAAAGAAUCACGAAAGAAACUAUUUCUGAGCUGAAGCGUAACUUCAGCCUGUUAGAGCGCGCUGUCGAAACAGCUGAAUCUCGAUUUACUACGCGUGUGUUGAGAACAUUGCCUUCCAUCAGACGCCGUUUGACAGCCGAAGUCCUCGCUCAGUGCAUUUCAGAUUACUACAGUGGCAAUGAUGCACAGAAAGCUGAAUUAUUGCAUUAUUUAGGAGAGAGUGAAAGACCAGCUAGUGACGAAGAAUCAAAAAAGGAGAAGAAAAUCCUGCCCGAAAUUGAUAUAUACCUCCAUUUGAAUGUUCUGUUAUAUCUCUUGGAUAAGAAUAAAAUUGAUGAGGGUAUUGAGUUGUCCUGUAAGCUAGUGAAAGAUAUUUCAGUCUUGAAUCGCAGAUCUAUGGAUCAAAUCGCUGCACGUGUUUAUUUCUAUCAUGCGCGCUUUUACGAAUUAUCAAAUAGACUUGCUGAAAUCAGACCGAUCCAAUUGGCAGCACAUAGAACAGCUACCUUGAGACAUGACGAUGAAUCUCAGGCAACUUUGUUGAACUUACUACUACGUAAUUAUUUCUUCCACAAUUUAUACGAUCAAGCCGAUAAACUUGUCUCCAAGAGUACGUUUCCAGAAAAAGCCGGCAACAAUCAAGCUGCCCGCUAUGCUUAUUAUUUAGGCCGAAUUAAAGCACUUCAGUUGGAUUAUACAUCUGCUUAUACUUAUUUGACGCAAGCAAUCAGAAAAGCCCCUCAAAAUAAUGUAACAGCCGGCUUUCAGCAAACAACUUACAAAUUUUUCAUUGUUGUCCAACUCCUCAUGGGUGAAAUUCCUGAAAGAUCAAUUUUUAGACAACCUAUUUUAAAGAAAUCACUCGCACCCUAUCUUGUCAUUACUCAAGCUGUUCGUGUUGGCGAUCUCAACAAGUUUCAAGAAGGUUUAGCUCAAUAUGGCAACAUAUUCAAAAAAGAUAAGACAUACACCUUAAUUCUUCGUUUGCGCCACAACGUUAUAAAAACGGGUAUUCGCAUGAUCAGCCUUUCAUAUUCAAAAAUCUCUUUGAGAGAUAUCUGUAUCAAGCUUCAUCUGGAUAGCGAGGAAGAUGCUGAGUUUAUUGUUGCCAAGGCUAUCCGUGAUGGGGUUAUUGAUGCUUCUUUGGAUCAUUCCAAAGGAUUCAUGCAGAGUAAAGAAAUUGCUGAUAUUUAUAGUACAAACGAACCUCAAAGUGCCUACCAUCAGCGUAUCAAUUUCUGUAUGAACCUUCAUACUGAAGCAGUAAAGGCUAUGCGUUUUCCCAUGGAUGCACAUCGAAAGGAAUUGGCAAGUGCUGAAGAAGCGAGAGAGAGAGAAAGAGAACUUGCCCAAGAGAUCGCAGAAGGCGAACUGGACGAUGACGAUGAAAUGGCCGAUUUUUAAUGCAAUUAUUCGUAUUCAUUCGACCAAAAAUAAAUAAAAACGAUAUAUGAGCUCAGGAAAGCAUUUUAACAAGCA